CCGGCGCUCCCCGAGCCGCCCAGGCGGGAGCGCGCGCGGCGUUCCGGGGGGAGCGCGCGGCUCGCAUCUUUCGUGUGUGUGUGUGUGCGCGCGCGCGUGCGGCGGGCGGGCGGCUCGGCCCUCGGUGCGCGCGCCCGGCCCGCAGCCCGCCGGGGGACAAUGUCUCAGCCCCGAGGCAAGAAGAGAAACCCUGGGCUGAAAAUUCCUAAAGAAGCUUUUGAGCAACCACAGACAAGCUCCACACCACCCAGAGAUCUGGACUCCAAAGCCUGCAUCUCUAUUGGUGAGGAGAACUUUGAGGUGAAGGCCGAUGACCUGGAGCCCAUCUCCGAGCUGGGACGAGGUGCGUACGGGGUGGUGGAGAAGAUGCGGCACAUGCCCAGCGGGCAGAUCAUGGCAGUGAAGCGGAUCCGAGCCACGGUGAACAGCCAGGAGCAGAAAAGGCUGUUGAUGGAUCUGGAUAUCUCCAUGAGGACGGUGGAUUGUCCCUUCACCGUCACCUUUUACGGGGCACUCUUCAGAGAGGGAGAUGUGUGGAUUUGCAUGGAGCUGAUGGAUACCUCACUGGACAAAUUUUACAAGCAUGUCAUUGACAAAGGCCUGGCGAUUCCCGAGGACAUCCUGGGGAAAAUCGCAGUCUCUAUUGUAAAAGCAUUAGAACAUCUCCACAGUAAACUCUCCGUGAUCCACCGAGAUGUAAAGCCCUCUAACGUGUUGAUCAAUACGCAGGGGCAGGUGAAAAUGUGCGAUUUUGGGAUUAGCGGUUACCUCGUUGACUCUGUUGCUAAAACCAUGGAUGCAGGAUGCAAACCCUACAUGGCUCCUGAGAGAAUUAACCCGGAGCUGAACCAGAAGGGAUACAGCGUCAAAUCCGACAUCUGGAGCCUGGGGAUCACCAUGAUCGAGCUGGCCAUCCUGCGCUUUCCCUACGACUCCUGGGGCACGCCCUUCCAGCAGCUCAAGCAGGUGGUGGAGGAGCCCUCGCCGCAGCUCCCAGCAGAGAGGUUCUCAGCAGAGUUCGUCGAUUUUACCUCGCAAUGCUUGAAGAAGAAUUCCAAAGAACGGCCAACAUACCCAGAGCUUAUGCAACAUCCUUUCUUCACCCUGCACGAAUCCAAAGAGACAGACGUCGCCUCUUUUGUCAAGCUCAUCCUGGGAGACUGAGAACUGGACUUGUGAAAGAAUUGCCCUUCUGUGGACUGGUGGGUGCAGGGGAGGGGCGCGUGGCAGGACUUGUCAUGGAAGCACCAACAGAAAGUCGCCGUGGUUUGUUUUGUUUUGUUCUGUUUUGAUUCUGAGAAACCCCCACCUCACCCGAGUUUUUUUAAAGGGUUCUUUGGUAUCCAUAGUGACAUAGAACGAGCUGGUUAGUGGAAUGAAUUUUAAUAAGGUUGGUAACCUUAAAAGAAAAAACAACAACAAAAAAAAAGUUUUUUGAAAGAGUGAUUUACAUAUUUAAUGACAGUCGAGGUUCCUCUUCCUAACUUGCUCCUCAUCCCCCUUCCCUUCCCCUUGAACCAGAAUUUGCUUUGUCAUGGUAAUAGGUGCUAUGGUAGUCAUGAAGUUGUAUGUAGAUUUAUAUUUUGUCCCUUCCAUUAUUUUAAUAUUUAUGUUAAGUGCUUGAUGGAAUAGAUUUCUGUUUUAUAUGAGGAUGAGUGCGUGGUGAUGAUGAUGAUGAUGAUGAUGAUGAUGAUGAUGAUGAUGAUGAUGAUGCAAAAUGAGGCUACAGCAAGCAGCACUUGUAGGGCUUUGCUGGGGAAAAGGUGUCCGAGCAGAGGAGAGAGGAGAGGAGAAGUGUCCCUGUUGUGGAAUAUAUUUGAUGUGCAUCAUAAAAGGAAUUGAUAAGCAAGACUUGCAGCUCAGCUGCUCGAGCUGUGCCAGGGAGGGAGGCCCAGUGUCCCCUGUGGUCACCUCUUCUCCGGACACCACGCUCCGAGUCUGGCCGGCGCUUCCCGGCCUCGGGCUGGGCCAGCCCUGUCCCACCCCUGCCCUGCUGGAGAGGCUGGCUGGGAGCUCUGGGGCUCACUGGGACAGUGUCUGGGACAAUGUCUGGGACAGGAGGCCCAGGGGGAAGGAGGUUGUCGGAGAAGUUGCACAAAGAGGAGGAGGAGGAGGCUGCCCUGGUCAGUGCCCGCCUGCCCAGCAGCGUUGCAGUGCCUGAGGCUCCCUUGGGCUGGGGAUGAGCUGCUUGGGCCUCAACAGGAGCUCCUCUCUCCUUCUCGGGAUGAGACAGGAUCACAGGAUGCACGGCCUGGCACCUGUGAAAAAUGGGAUGCUUUAGUGCUGGUUGCCAGGGCUUGUGGCACUGCCUUGGCAGCAAUCCCUCCGUGCUUGCCCACAGGGUCUGGGAGUGCCAGCGCUCCCAAGAGCCCGUGCUGGGACUGGGCUGUGGCCAGCCCCAGCUGGGAUGCUGCAGGCAGCCAGCAGCACUGGGCUCUGCCGUGGGCUGCAGGUGGGAGCUGCAGCCUGGGAAACCACGCAGGGACACCACAGCCCACCCUGCCCAGGAGCUCCUCGCUGCUGGCUGGCUCCUUGGGGACAAGCUGCAAGCCAGGGGCAGGAGAAGGGAGCUGGUGAGGUGGGAGAGGAGCUGGAGAUCCUUCUGCCCUCAGGUCAGUCACUGUCUGGAGCAGGGGCUACUGUGAGUGUUGCUGAGCCCGGAGCGAGGCCGCUGGUUUGAGCCACACCUGCCCAGCUGCCUGAGCUCCUCUGCCUUUGCCCGUGGCUCCUUCCCCCAGCCCUGCAACGGGGCCAGGCUGCACAAGUGCCUCGUGCCCCUGCACACGCUUCCAUCCCCACCCCUCGCUUGGGCACAGCCCCUCGGAGCCAGGUCUGAGCAGAAACACGCUGCUCUGCAGUGCUGGACCUGUGCAGGUGUCAUUGAACCUGUGCACAAUGACAUUGAACCCUACUCUGCAAUGCUGGACCUGUACAGGUGUCACUCAGCCUGUGCACAAUGUCACUGAGCCUGUGCAGGUGUCAUUGAGCCUGUGCAGGUGUCAUUGAGCCUGUGCACAAUGUCACUGAGCUUGUGCACAAUGUCACUGCGCCUGUGCAGGUGUCACUGAACCUGUGCACAAUGUCACUGAGCUUGUGCACAAUGUCACUGCACCUGUGCAGGUGUCACUGAACCUCUGCAGGUGUCACUGAACCUGUGCACAAUGUCACUGCACCUGUGCAGGAGUCGCUGCAGCUGCGCAGGUGCCGCUGCACCUCUGCAGGAGUUGCUGCAGCUGUGCAGGUGCCACUGCACCCUGCUCUGCCCGCUGAGCAGCUGCAGGCUGUGCUGGUGCAGCUGGAACGGUCUGAGCGGGUUUUGGGGAGGGAUCCCCAGAAGGGCUGGUGGGCAGGGCAGUGCUCAGAGCAGGGCUGUGGCUGGUGGCACUCGGUGCUGGGGACACGCCAACCCUUCCAAGAGGCGCACAAAGACACCGCAGUGCCUGGGCCGCCCCUGUCACUGCCACCACGGGCUGGCACAGUGCCACCGGUGUGGCACAGCCCUGCCCUGGGCUGGCAGUGACAGACAGGGCAGCGCUUGUGGGAUUCUCAAUCCUUGUGCCCUCAGCUCGCGGGGGCUCGCAGAGGAGCCAGGGUGGGAUUCCCAGCUCCUGCAGGCUUUGGGGAGGAGGCUCCCCUUGCUCAGCCCUGCCCCAGGAGCCUGCCCGGCCCUCAAGGAAGGACAGGCUCAGCGUCUCACCCUGUGCCCAGGGGAACCUUUCAGGUUACAUUUCGUGGCGGGUGAAACACGAGGAUGUUUUACUUCACAGUGUAAUUUUAAGAGGCCUCGCAUGGCUCAUGACCUGUCCUCUCAUAUUCCAUGGGGUGUGUGUGUGUGUGUUUUCUCUCUCUCACUUUCUCAGAGUCACAGAGCUGUUUUGAUUGAUUGUCCUCAGCUGCAGCUGAAAGUCCAGCCAGCCAGUUUAUAGACUUGGUUCCAGCAUCAAUUCUCACUUUGAAAAACAUGACAUUUAAAACCACUCUUUGGUUUUCCUACAUAUGGAUCUGAUGCUUUUGUUGAAGAUUGUUUUUGCUGCUUUUCCCCUGCAAUAUAAGUCUCAUUUGGACACCGCAUCUCCUUGACCUCAGAGCACCUUCAUUUCAGUGCCAUUGUAAUUGACAGGUUGAAUUUAUGAGAUACUGUCAAAGCUCAGUAUUAAUAGCAGAUAUUAAUGUCACCAGCGUUUUCCAAUGGAGAAUUAAUGGCAGUGCUGUCUGCAGCUAGGAACCCUCUAAAAGGAUUCCUCCGUGCCUCCACACAGGCCUUGCUUUUCUGCUUUCUGCUCUAAUCCCUUUGUUUUAAUGACAUUACAAUAGGGCAUGCAGCAAAUCCCUCCCCUUCCCUGCUCCUUUUCCAUGACUUUGUCCCUUUUAAAGUCGUUUGUGUCAGCCCAGAGUAAGUGUGGAGCUGUCUGAGCGUGAGAAUGGGAAGUGCUGUGAGAGUGCUGAGCGGAGCUGUGGCAGCACAGGCUGUGGGGCUGUCCCUGCAUCCCUCGUGGUGGCCACAAAGCUUGGCCUGACCCAGGAAUUUCUUAGAGAGAAGCCUGAGCUUGGUGGCUUCAGCUCAGGGAGGAGAGCCAGGAACUCCUGUGUGUCUCAAAGCCCUGCAGACCUGCAGGAUGAGAGUCAGGCUCUUCUCUCUGCUGCUUAAUUGUCACCUCUGUGAAGAUGAGAAGCCUUUGCUUGCUGCUCAGAUCUUUGUUUGGCCAGACAGGCUCUGGGAAACCUUUCCUGACAGGCUGGCCCCCUGAACAGCCCAGGUGUUUAGGAUGAGGGAUGUUCUGCACACAGGUUUUCUGUGUUCACACAGCACAGGGCUUGGGAUUGCCCCAAACUGGGAUUUUUAGAGAAGCAGGUCCCAAAUGCCAGAAUCUUGAAAGAACCCCAAAGCCAGGGAGCAGAGAGAGAGCAAAGCUGCUGGGAGCUCAGCACUGGGCUUGAGCUGGACCCGCUGUGGGUGGGUUUGCAGGGCAGGAAGGGCCUCUCCAGGCUGCCACAGGUUUUCAGGAGGCACAGCCCAUCCCCAGAGAUCCCCAGGUGUGAUGUCCAUCCUCCUCUUCCUCCCACUGUACAGCCCCUGCAAUCUCCAGGAUGCUGGAGGCCUUGCCAUGGCUGGAACUCUGAGGUGUCACUGGUAGCAAAGAUGUUUUCUGGGUCCCCAGGAGCCCUUUGGACCCUUAAAUCUGGAAGAGGAGCUGGAGGGCAUUUUCUGGUUGCUGUUUUUAAACACCAGGUUCAUGCUGCUGCACUGGGUGCAAUGCCCAUCUUUCCUGGAGUUCUUCCAGGUAUACAAACCUUGACACAGAUAUCUCUGUACUGUGUUUCUGUGGUUUUCCCUGAUCUUUGAUGAGUUUAUUGGUGACAAAGAGGCAACUCUGACUUGUUAAAGAGGUGAAACUUCAUUUCUGGAGGCAGGUGUGUGACACAGGAGGCAGUUGGUGGGUCACUACUUGAAAAAAUCUCAAAAAAAAUCUCAAUUCUCAACCCUGCUGUUGAGCAGGUGCUGCUGGGUCAAUGCUGCUGCACCUUGUCCAGGUGGGAAGGGGCUGCCAGGGGCUGAGGACACAGCCUCAGCUGGGAUUUCUCCAUGCUUGCUGCCAGCCAUGUGUGUACCUGCACAUUUCCCUUCUUCCCUACACGUUCUGGAAGAGGAAAUCCUGCUUGGUCAACACAGCAUUGCUUCAGUGGCUGGUCUGGUGUGGUUCAGACAAGAUUCCCACCAGCUUGUGUGUUUAAUAAAUCUUUUUUAUUCAAAACAACCCCCACACUCCUCUCUCAGAAAAGCCAGCCAAGAUGCUCUUUUUUUUUUUUUUUUUUUUUUUCCCUUUCCAUCUUGUUCCUGUUAGAGGAAUUCUGGGAGCCUGUCUUGGUGCUUUCACUCUUUCACAUGCCAAAGAUCCCUCUUAGUUAUGCUCCUGCCAAACCAGAUCUGAUAGCCUUGCCUCUGAAACCAUCCACUUCCCUGCUCCUUGGGGUUCCUUUUGUUGCUGUUGCUUUUUCAUUGAAUUUCCUCGUGUUUAUUGACAUGUCUAUUGUUGAGCUUCCUGGACACAUGCAGCUCUCUUUUUUGGGAUACAGGGAAAGACAAAUAGUUGCCUUCACUUCAGUGCCCCUGCUGUUGGGGAAAUACUGUCAGUGAUGUGAUUCCUACAGAUGGGAUGGGUCUCAUGUAGAGCUGGGGUCAUGGAGGUGUAAACUGGCACUGCUCUGUUCCUUGGCUGGAGUAAGGCCAGUUUUGUCCAGCUGAGAAUCUGUCCUCAGUGUCUAAACAGUUAUUACACACUAAUAAAGAUUAAUGAUCAUAAAUCCCCACGGAUUAGACAUAAAAUGGCAAGUUUUGCUCAUUAAUCUUUAUUGCCAUAUUAUGGUUGUUGAUGUUAGAGCAGGCUCCCCCCUCUGCUGUGCAGAGAGGAGGGGGCUGAGCCUGAGGAGAGGGAGGGAGGACAGAACACACAGAACACACCAGAUGUCCACAUUUUACACUCUGUGUCCUGCCCCAGGCUCCUUGUUUCCUUGCAAGCCCUUAAGCAGCAGCAGAGGAUGGAUCCCAGAGCUUUGCCUCUGCCUGGGCUAUAAAACCCAGAUUGUUUCUGGUGAGAAGGGAUCAGAUCUCCUCAUUAAUAUUUCAGCUCAGCCUUUGCUGGAGCAGAUGGAGAAUGUGAAAUUUGCCCUGUGCUCUGCAGAGCUGGGAGAUUCCCCCCUGGAUCAUGGCUGGAGCAGUGGCAGCUCUGUUGAAGGCUGAAAGAACUCUACUCCUUCACAUAACCCCACUUCAUAUAAACAGUGGCUUUUGGUAAUAAAUAGGGCCAGAAAAAGCUGCAUCUCAGUUUUGAGGUGUUUGCAGAUGAAUAAACACAGCCAGGAGCUGGUGGUGCCAGUGCUGCAGGCACAAAGGUCCAUUGCUGGAUAAAUGGAAAGGACUCUGAGAGUGCAGUGAACUUCAAGGGUGGAUUUAAUGGCGUGGGGACAAAAUGAGUGCUCUGAUGGGCAGCUGGUGUCAGCCCUCCCUGCCAGGGGGGAGCAGGAGAGGCAGCACACAGCCUGAGGGCAGCCUGGCUGCCCUUCCCCUCCCCACAUCUUUCUUCAGGCCCAGAUCUGUGGGCACUGCAUCCCACUCAUCCCCAGUUCCAGCAAGGGGAGCAAAACCUAAAAUCCAAAAGAAACCCACAGGGAAAAACCUGCAGGUGACCCAAGGCACGCUGCUGCUGUGUGGCCUUAAAAAAAGGGAAAUCCUGGGAGAGGCCUCGGGAGCUGACAGAGGAGAAACUUUCAAGGUGGUCUCCAACCAGGUUAAUGCUGGAAAUACCCCAUUUUCAGGCCAGCAGGAGGAGGGGCAGCCAGGGAGCAGCUGGGGCUGCAGGAUGGUUUUGAUGUGUCCUUCACAGCAGCCCUGGGAUGCUGGACAGCCCUCGCCCUCCGUGGACACCUGACAUCCUGGGCACCUUCAUAUUUCUAUUUUCAUGUCAAAAUGUUUCUCAUUUUUUUCUUUUCAUGGGAUUUUACUGGCAGCCAGUGGGAAGGGGAAGGGGCCUGCAGUCCGUGGAGUGCUUUGGGGGAGGAAGGAGCUGCCUGUCCUCUCCAGUUCCCUGCUCCCUAAUUCCACAGCUGGGAAUUGGCUGCACGGCCACCUUCCAAGAGCUCUUCCCUUCCUUUGCUGCCGUUCCACUGAAAUUCCCUUUGGGAAUGCUGGGCAGCUCUGGAGCUGCAGCAGCCCAGCUCUGAGCUGGCUCAGCCAGGAUGAGCCUCAAUCCCUUCCCUGGGAGCCUCCUGGUUUUUGGAGGAUGGGGCGAGCGUCCAGCGGCCGCGAGGUUCUGCGGGGAUAAGCCGGGAAAGGCUUGGAAGUGGAGAUGGAAAUCUCGAAAGAUCAGACGUCUUUUGGCCAUUUCCAAAGCUAUCUGGUGUUAGCCAGACCUGAAAACCCUUCCUAGAAGUUUUAUUUCGGGGUAUUUUGAUCUGUUACUUUCGCUUUUGGGCUUAGCUAAAUCCAGGAAACUCACAGUGGUGUAAUUAUUGAAUAAAGACUAAACACACCCCAAGUAUUCCUGAACCUAUCAGGAAGGCUGCUCCCUGGUUUAUCUUCCAGGAAUAAUUCAGGCCAGCUCAGGCUUGAGUUCAGUCUGGUUUUGCCCCUAAAUAAUGAUUCUUUUUGAGGAAAUAAUGAGAGCAGGCCAAAAGGCUGUGACCUGACACACCAAACCCUUCCAAGAGGUGGAUAGAGAUAAAUGCUCCAGUGAGAGGGGCCAAUGUCUGGAGGCUGGAAGAGCAGCCUGGAGUAUCCAUGGCCUCCAAAAACUCACAUAGGCACAUUUUCUCCAAGAACUGUGGAUGGAGGUGUUGGAUUCUGCAUAUCUUGGGAUUUUUCCCUCUAGGAGAGAACAUUCAGCCAUCUUGGAGUGUCCCAGAACACCCAAAAGCCUUCAGCAUUUUCAUGUUUUGUUUUUUUUUUUCCAGGAUGGAUACUGUGAAAAGUCAGGAAGGGCCAGGUGUCCUUGAUUUGUUCAGCCAGGGUCAAGAAAGGUGGAUUAAGUGCCUGGUAAAAGCCAAAAAAAGGUGUGUUUAAAGAUAAAUCCCAGUCUCUGUCAGAGCUGUUGAGCCAGGAUCGAAUUUUCCCAAAUCCAGGUACAGCUGCAGAGCUCUCCAUCCAUUUUUAGCCCAAAUUUAGUCACAAAUCCUGAAUAAACACCUACAGCAUGGACUGUGCCUUCUGAGGGGCUUCUUGCAGGCUGGGGCUCAAAAUCCAAUAUCCCCCAACCCAGGAUUUGGCCCUGAAUAUUCCCUUUAAAAUCCAUGUGUAAAGUGAAUUUCCAGGGCCCGGCCGCUGUUUUUAUUUUGGUGAAUCGAGUGGUUUGUGCUUGGUGAGAGCUGUCCCUGUGCCAGGGGCUGCUGGAAAUAGUCACAACAUCCAAAAGAGCUGCAAUUCUGCAUUUUUCAAUAGCAAUACAACAAGGGGAAGCUGCUAAAUGGAGCUUCUUGUAAGCUGGAAAUGUGUUGGAGUAAAAUUUGUCGUUUCUUGUGGGGAAAAAAGCCUUAAACAACACCCUAAAAUUGUCCAAAGUCUUCAAUUUAAGGAUUUACAGUUUUGUUGGCAAAGAUCCAUGUUUAGCAUCAAUAUAUGGGAUUUCUAGACUUUCUGUCUUAAGGUGUGAAGUCUGCUUUUUCUUGAGAUAGGGGGAAAUCUGUAACAAGAAUAUUUCUACAUCAUUUUGGCUACAAAAAAAAAAAACCCAAACACCAAAAUAUGAGCAAAAAAAUGGAAAAGCACCCAGAUCCCAGUGGUCUCUGGUGUUGAGGAGGCACAUGAACCUGUUAGGAAGAAGAGUUUCCAACCUGCUGUAAUGCAAGUCCUUAUUUUACUUUAUUUUUAGGAUUUUUUUUACAGUAACUUCGUUUGGUUGCUUAACUGUGAAAGUCUCUGCUUUUUUAUCCCUGUGAAAGGCUGAUUAUUCUUUCUCAUGUUUGUCUUAUUUAUUAUUUAUCCCUUUCUGGUACUAUCCAAGAGGUGCUGAAGGUAUUUCCCAGCCUGCCCUUGAGCCAUAUGGAAUCUCUGUGGUAUCUCCUAACAGCUGGGAUGGCAGUAGACAGCUAAUUAUGAUUUUAAAUUAUAUUUAUAGCAACUUAGAUUGGUAUUUUUUUAGUGUCCUGGUUUGCUCUAGAAUUAGGGAUGAGGAGAAGCAAUCUUGUUUCUUAAAAAAUUGUAAUUUUUUGAGUUUUCUUUUUACAUCUUGGGGGCUUCUGAAGAAACCUGCUCACUUUUAUGUUUUUAGGAGGGAAGCACGAGGUGAAUUUCAUGUUCCUUUGAGAGGGGAUUGAGUAGCACCAGGGUUCAGUUCAGCUGGUAAAAUGCUCUGUGUCACAUCAUUAAAACCACCCGGAAUGCUGAGAAAACAACCCCUUUCCACCUGGAAAUUAAAAUCUGGUUGGUGACAAACUUGGUUUGUCCAAGGCUUUUCUCUGUCAGAUUUCCAUGGAGUUUGCUGAGCGUCGUCAGGAUUGGCCAAGGCAGGGCUGGGGACAGCCAGGUGUCACCUCUGGCCUGGAGGACACAUGUCCUGCAGGAAUAUUGCAGCAAUUCAUCUGCAGCUUCGUGCUCUCCAGGGGAUGUUGAAGGGAAUCCCUUAAGUGUGGGAGAGAAUCCAUCAGGUUUUAUUCUUUUUAUUCCCUUUCUCCCCUUGGAAAGGUCCUUCAAAAGCUUCCCCAGCCUUUCUGAUAAAGAAUAACAGAAUCAGACAACCACAGAGUCAUUUAGGGUAGAAAAACCUUUAAAAUCAUCGAGUCCAACCAAAAACUCAGCACUGCCAAGGCCACCACCAACCCAUGUCCCCAAGUGCCACAUCACACAUGUUGAGCCCUUGCAGGGAGGGUGACACAAGCCCUUCCCUGGGCAGCCUGGGCGCUCUGGUGCAGCUGCUUUCAGACAGCUCACGCUGCUUUUCUGGUUUGUUUUCUUUCCCCAACAUAUAAGAAACGUUGGGUAGCAGAAUGUGGAAUUGAUUAGAAGUUCAUAAAGCAGGGACCUCAGAAGGAUGUGGGUAUAAAUGCUUUUCAGGCAUCCGAGGUGAACUUUAAAUGGAGCUUUGGCCCUCAUUUGCUUUCUGCUUUUCAAAAACCAUUUAUGAGAAAGUGGAGCUGUCAAAGCCGUGCAUGAACUUUGCCUUCUUGCAAAUAACUUGUCUCAAAGUAAAUUGUCCAAAUGCACAAGAAACUUGUCUCAAAGUAAAUUGUCUCAAAGAAAAUCCAGUAGCUCCAGAAAGCUGGAAUUAUGUGCAUUAGAGGGUAUGAGAGGUGUGUGUGUGUGUGUGUGUCUGUGAGUAUGUGUAGUGCUUGGGGGGAGUGCAGGGAAUAACUCAACCAUUUUGAGACUUACAAAAACACAAUGCAAGUGCUUUUUGAAAAGAAAAAAAAAGGCAGCGUAAAAUAUUUAUUUCUUGGCAGAAGUACAUCAGACCACAUCUCCCAUCCUUCUUUUAAUUGCUUGGUGUUUGUUUGUGUUGUGUCAGGCUUUGCUGGUUUCCUUUGCAGGGCUCUGUCACCUCACACAACCCCUCUCUCAGCCAGGGCACAGGACAGCUCCAGCUCCUCGGGGGAGCCCUGGGGUGCGAGCAGGGCAGCAAAGGCAGAGCUGUGGUGUUGGGUUAAGGGCAGCACAGUGCAGCGUGGGGGAUUUUCAGUUUUCAGCCUCGUCCAGGGAACUCUUUCCUCGUGAGAAUCCAAACCACCUCAGCCUGAGGCAACACCCAAACCUCAGCCUCGGGGAGGGUGGCUUGGCCAGAGAGCAGCUUGGAGCGUGUUGGGUGGCACUGGCGUGGGUGUGAGGUGGCCCUGGGCGGUUGGCAGCGUCCUGUGGGCUUUGCCCAGGCUUUGGAGCUGCCCCGUGCAGGGUGGGUGCCCCGAGCUCCUGUCCCAGCCAGGUGCAGACACUGCCAGGUUCCAUCAGUCACACACUGCCAGGCUCCCAGGCUUGUCCCCUGCUCCUGAGCCCUUCCGUGUCACCUGGCUGCCCACCUGCACAGCUGCACGUCCCCUCCCCCUGGCUCCACCUGCAGCACUUCCCUGUGCUGUCUUCACCAUCUCCGUGCUGCUCCUCGUGCCCUGGGGAUGAGCAGGAGUAGCAGAGUGACAGCAGGACCGCGUGUGUAACGUUUGAGAGGCUUUUACUCCAUGCUGUUGUUUUAAUGAGAUGCUUUUAGGGCCCUGCUGAACUGGUAUUCUUUAACCUUCACUGCCACAGAUACUUUCUCCCCACCCUCUUCACUUCAAUCAGAUUGGCAAAAUACAUUUGACUUGAAAACUAAAACAACCCCAAACCCUGCUAAUGGGAUAAGUUACUCCUCUUUACUGUGCUUUGAUUUGAUUUCUCAGGAUACUCAGAGGUUUUUCACUGCUGCUGAGAGGGGACAGUACACCUUUUUGGAGACUUCAACCACUGUAACAGUUUUCCAGAUGUGUGUGUGCGUGUGCGUGUGUGUAACCCAGCACUGUGCGUGCGUGUGUUCUGCUGAAUAUCGUGUGCAUCUCUGAAAUGCUUCAAACAACUGCCUGGAAGUCAAAAACCAACCACCUCUUUCCAGUCAUAUGUUUGCCGUGACUUUUCAUAACCACACUUGAAACUAGUGGUCUUGGAUGGAAAAAUUCAAAGAGCAGGGCAUCGUUAUAGCAAUGGUAUAUCAGUCGAAUUACGGAAAAUGUACACAAAAAUAAAUAAAUGAAAUUUAAAAGUAA